UUGCCGGUACUGGGUGUACGGGAUGCUCUAAGGGCCAAAACUACUCGUCCGACACCUCCUUCCCAUCGAAAAAAAACCUUCUUCCACGUCUUCGUCCAAGCUAGGGUUUCCUCUGCUGACCUCCGUCGUGCUUCCGGCCGCUACUUGCAUCUCUCCGCCCUCCAUUCAUUCGACUCCUCGAGCCUAUGAGGCAACUAAAAAGACGUAUAGUCGCCCAGAAGUGCGCACUGGUGUCGUCACCGGUUGUAUGAUUGGGGAAUUUUUCACCUGACAGAUUAGUUAAAGAAUAACGCCUUGUCAUUCUUACUAAGUCGGCAAUUAAAAGUGUACUGCAUAGUUUUACCAAAAAAUAAUAAUUUUUUUAAGAAGACAACUGUGCUAUGUUGGAUGCUAUGCAGCUAAGGGUAUUUAUGGUAUUUAUUUUUACCAAAAAAUAUUCUUUUCAAAAAGUUAAGAGUAUUUAUGGUUAAAAUUCCAAUUUUCUAUCUUUUCAUACAAAUAGGUGUCCUUCCCUGAUUUUUGCUUUAGCUUUAGCUCUAUUGAUGCUUGUAGCUUUGUACCUGCAAACUACAUAAGCCAAAUGUUUCGUGGAUAGAAUGAAUUGAAUUGUCUAAACCCUGUAAUGUUCUCACUUACUUGGCAUCUAUAUUGUAUCAUAUAUCUGAUAUUAGCUAAGUGAAUGCUCUGAUAUUUAUCUUGCUGCUACUUACUAUUAUGACACACUUCAACCGUUUAGCUGUUCCUGGUUCUUAAUGUCUUCAUGUAUAAUAGUAUCAUGGUGAGGUAGGUUGCCUUACUCAUGUCUCAUGCUUAUGUGAUUUUCAAAUAUUCGAAAAAUGAAUUUGCUUUAGCUGUGUAGUCAUGACAUUUGUGUUUCAGUGUCUGCGGAAAUUUUAAACUACUUUCAGAUAAACAAAUUGCAAUUUGCCUGUCAUAUAUGGCGAGCACAGCAUGCUUUGUGAUUGUCAGUAAGAAUGAUAUCCCAAUCUAUGAUGCUGAAGUUGGAUCCGCUCCAAAAAAAGAAGAUCAGGCUUAUCAGCAUCAGUUCAUUUUGCAUGCUGCAUUAGAUGUUGUUCAGGACCUUGCAUGGGCUACAAGUGCAAUGUUUCUGAAGUCAGUAGAUAGAUUCAACGAUCUUGUGGUGUCUGUUUAUGUAACUGCUGGUCAUACUAGAUUUAUGUUGCUUCAUGAUUCACGGAGUGAAGAUGGUAUAAAAAGCUUCUUUCAGGAAGUUCACGAACUUUACAUCAAGAUAUUCCUUAAUCCACUCUACUUGCCUGGUUCUCGCAUCACAUCCUCUCAUUUCAAUACCAAGGUCAGGGCUCUUGCAAGGAAAUACCUGUAGCAUGCACUCAGGUGGAAGAUCCUGAAAAUGAGCUAGUGCCAUGAUGCGCCAAAAUGGUGCUCAACGGAGAGCUUUCUUUGCUUAUUUCUGAGGCGUUUCCCCUGCCAACGUUUCAGCUUUUAUGUUUAUCUCCUUACCCCUGUCCUGUGCUGUUGUCUUGAGAUACUCGAGUGUCGUAAGCUGAGCCCUGUUAAAUUUACCUUGCACAUCGAUACUGCACCAUUAUAUCUGUAGCCAUGGCAGUGAAAGGAGAUGGUGCCGCAGUAUCAUCACGAGCUGUAUGAAGCAUGGAAGCAUAUGCAGCGGCAUUAAUAUUACAGGACACUGCAAUGCAACUGACCAGCUGGUAGUGGUACUGUAGCUCCACUAAAAGGACCCCUGCAGAAUCUCCGGAGAAAGGUCCUCGCACAUCAGAUGAAUUCUAUUCAUAAAUGAAUCUGCAGUUAUCACUUGGGAUUGUACUACCAAGGAAGAGCUGUCAUUUGGCUGGAACCUUUUUUUUGUUUUUGUUUUGUGAAGACAAGACUUUGAUUGAUGAUUAUUUAACACAAACGGGUGUUAUGUGCCAUGAAAUUUACCACGUCA